CGGCCAAGUCGUUCCGGGCUACUUGCGCUUACGAGCAGCCCGACGAGAUAGGCCUAUGCUUCCUACGGACCGUCGCAGUAGCCAAUUCUUCACCCACGGACUUGUCUUUGGACCCCCAUGUGGUGCGGUUGCUUGACGAGUUCGCCGACAUCUUCGAGUCACCUACCGGUGUGGUGAGGGAUCGGCCAAUCUCUCACGAGAUCAUUCUUGAGGCCGGUGUCGUGCCGCCGAAAGGUUGCAUUACCGCAUGAGCGAGGAGGAGCUUACGGUCCUCCGCGCACAACUCGAUGACUUGUUGGACAAGGGCUGGAUCCGCCCUAGUAGCUCUCCAUAUGGAGCGCCAGUUCUUUUCGUACGGAAGAAGAACAAGGAUCUACGAUUGUGCAUCGACUACCGCAAGCUCAACAUGCACACCGUCAAGAAUGUGGGGCCUCUUCCUCGCAUCGAAAAUCUUCUUGCGGGAUUGGGCGGCACGAAGUAUUUAUCGAAGUUGGAUUUGAAGUCGGGAUAUCAUCAAAUCUCAAUCCGACUGAACGAUCGCUACAAAUCUGCGUUCAAGACGCGGUAUGGGCAUUUUGAGUGGGUGGUCAUGCCUUUUGGCCUCACCAACGCCCCGACGACCUUUCAAGCGGCAAUGACCAACGAGUUUCGCGCGAUGUUGGACCGGUUUGUGCUGGUCUACUUAGACGACAUUCUCGUCUAUAGUCGGACAUUGGAGGAUCAUCUUGGGCACCUUCCACGAGUGUUGGAGACGCUCCACCGCGCCAAGUACAAGGCCAACCGUGACAAGUGCGAAUUUGUCCGGCAAGAGCUGGAAUACUUGGGCCAUUUUAUCACACCGGAGGGCAUCAGUCCGCUGUCAGACAAGAUUCAAGCCAUCCAAGAGUGGUCGGAACCACGGAACGUCACGGAUGUUCAUGCUCUUUCACGGUGUCCGAAUCAUUGUACCGCAAUCUACUUGACCUUCGAGAUUGGCGUCGACCUGCGGGACAGCUUCAUCCGCGGCUACCAAGCCGACCCCGAGUUUCUCGACAAGUACGCGAAUUGCUCCUCUCCUAAUCCAGUGCCUUCUCACUACCGGAUCCAAGAGGGGUACGGGGGAAGGACCUUCUUUGCGUACCGAGUGACUCUCACUUGUGUACACGGCUUCUUGGCGAGUUCCAAGAUGCUCCUGCCACCGAACACUUUGGAGUCAAUCACACGAUUGGCCGACUUCGUGAGCGAUUUUGGUGUCCCGGCCUUCUCGGCGACGCCACGCGCUAUUGUGCGUCAUGCGAGGGAAGCGAUUGCCAUGGACAUUACCGGACCGUUUCCCAAGCACAAUACCGAUGUGGAUGGGAUUCUCACGGUGGUCGACCGACUCACCAAGUUUGCCACGUUUUUGCCUUGCCGCUAUCAUGCCAAGGCACCGGAGUUGGUCGAGGUUCUUUACGCCGGUUGGAUUCGAGCCAAGGGUUACCCCAAGGAAAUCGUCUGCAACCGCGACACUCGGUUCAUGUCCGACUUUUGGUUGGCGCUCAUCAAACGAUGGGGCUCAUCUCUCAAGCCAAGUUCGGCUCGCCACCCCCAGACCGAUGGUCAAACGGAGAGGGCGCAUCAUACCGCACAGGUUCUCCUUCGCACUCUCAUCCGCCCCCACCAAAAGGAUUGGGUUGAGCGGUUGCCGGAUGUCGAGUUGGCAUGCAACUCAUCCAUCCACCCGGCUAUCGGGAUGUCGCCCUUCAAGUUCGAGCACGGCUCGCAUGUCACUUCUUCGUUGGACACAAUCAUUCCACGAACGGCCGAGAGCGACGACCAUCUUCUUUUCUUGCGUCGGAUGCAAGAGCUACUUGUCAAGGCGUGCGACCAGAUGGCUAAGACGCAGCAAUGCAUGAGCCAACAGGCCAAUCGCCAAUGUCUUCCUUGCCCUUUCCGGGCCGGCGAUCUCGUUUGGGUUUCUGCCGUGGAAUUCAGCCUCGGACAAGAUAUCUCUCGCAAGCUCCGCUCGAAAUGGAUGGGGCCCUGGCCGAUCGUGGCACCCAUUGGGGAUGCACCCGAAGGACUUUCCUUCACCAUUCAGGUGCCCGCCCACUUGCCCGUCUACCCACUCUUUCAUUGCUCCAAGUUGGCUCUGUAUACGCCGGCGGAACAUGAGGAUUUUCCCGGGCGACGAUCGCAAGACCCACCCUCUAUGGACGGUUUUCAGGAGGUCAGCGACAUCAUCUCCCAGCGACGCUACGGCAACAGGCCAACCGAGUACUUGGUACAUUUUGCGUACUGUACUCACAAAGCUGACAGUUGGUUGACCCGUGCGGAACUCCAAGCAACAACUCCGGAUGUUCUCGCACGCUACGAACGCAAGAUGCAAGGCAAGCCGAGAGAGGAGUUCUCCACAGUGGGGGCUUUCACGACGGCUUUCGAAAAGAUGGCAAGGAAGGUCCCAGGGUUGGCUGAAGAGGAACAGUGUGCAACCUUCCUAGGACACUUCAAGAAUUGGGAGGCCUCCGCGCUGACCAAGAAGGUUGCGCCAGGGAAGAAGCUGACUUGGGCUGCCAUAAAGGAGGGCGUGUUAGAGGGAGAGUUGGACGAAGUAGACAUCUUCCAGAUGCGACAGGCUAGGAAGAAAAGGAAGGCCUUGGAUGCCACGACGAGCGACGAGCACGACUUUAAGAAACUGGUAGAGGAUGCAGUGGCCCACCUUGAUGCGGAGAAGGAGGCAAAGGCAACAAGAAAGACUAUGGCAGCACCACAAACUGUAGGAAAAGCGAAAAAGGCAGUGGUGCAAGAAGAGGAAGAAGAGGAAGAAGAGGAGCCUAAGCCUUUGAAGCUAACAAAGGCUCAGAGAAAGGCGAAGAAUUUAGCUCAAGGCAGACAAGGCUCAGGAAGGGGGCAAGCCCCGCAGGUAGCGGCGAUGCCACCACCUGAGUCACCCAGUCAGGACGCACCAGCACCCUAUGGGCCGCGGCCAGGUUACGGACCCCCAAGUUCUUGGCAUGGGCAGUCCAUACGCACCAUGGCCGGGUCGGUGAGCCCCGAGGAACCGGUAAAGGAUGUUCCUGAGCCCAGCGGAGAGAAAGAGGUGGUGGAUGUUCCAGAGGGGGAGGAUGAUGAAGAUGACAGGUUGAGAAAAGAAGAGGACGAGAAGGCCGAGCAAAGGGCCAAAAAGAGGGGCGCCAAGCCUGAUACGGACAAAGCUCAGGAGGUGAAGAAGAAAAAGUAUGUUGUCCGAGUAGAGGAAGGGUUCGACGUAGAGGAGAUCAUGGACAGGAUUCUUGAAGGUCAUAACCACCUUAUGAACCUGAAGGACGUCCUGGCCUCGGCGCCAAGGCUCACGGAUGAGCUGAAGGCACGAUUGUCUAGAAAGAUGGUGGCCAGUGUGCGAUUAGGGACCAUAAUCCCUAAACAGGCAGAAUGGGCUGACACAGGUACGAAGAUGGACUGGAAGUCUGUGGCAUGUGGGUGCCUAGAUGUAGUGGUGAAGGGAAAGACGUGCACAGCGAUGGUGGAUAGUGGCGCAGAAAUGAACCUCAUAAAGGAGGAACAUAAUGUGCGUUUAGGAAUGGAGAUAGAUCGCUCGGACAAUGGGGUGUUGAUGGGAGCGAACAGUCGAUCGGUGUUCAUAGGGACCGCGUCGUCAAUAGUUCUAGAGAUCGGGAAAGUGAAAGUAAGGAGUUGCUUCUUCGUAAUGCCUGACCUUGACCACCCCAUCCUACUGGGAAGGUCAUUCUUGAGUCGAACAGAAACCGUCAUACUCAACAAACAUGAUGGGACUAUGUUCCUCGUUCUGUGCAAUCCGGUAUGUGGGAGCUAUGAGGUCAUAACAUGCAAGAACACAGGACCCAGGAGUAUCAGGAACCGGCCCAACCCUGGUUCUUUCACCAUAGAAGAGUCAGAAGAAGAAAGGUCGAGGAUAGAAGGCAGGCCAACUGCUUUAGGAGGUGUGUUGAUUCAACGAGAUCCCAAUGGAGAAGAACGGCCACUAAGGUUUGAGAGUUGGACGCUCAAUACAUCUGAGAGGAACUACUCUCAGUUUAAGCGCGAAACCUUGACAGUUCUUCACUGUUUAAGGAUUUUCAGAAACUACCUCUUCGGCAGCAGGUUUGUAUUGAGGGUGGAUCCAACUGCUCUAGCUGGUUCUCUCAAGAAUUUCGCUCCGUCGGAAUUGACUAUCGCCAGAUGGCUAACGUACAUCUGGAUGUUCGACUUCGAGUUGGAGCGAAUUUCCGGGAACAAGAAUAGACCGGACGGGCUGAGUCGAGUCCACUGGGACAAGAACAAUCAGGGAGUGAUCGAGGAUGCUCCACCGGUUGACGGCUUCCUGGACAGUGAGGAAGAUGUGAGACUCCACAUCAACUCCUGGUCGCUAGCCGUGGGUAACUAUGUUACUCCUGGACGACCUGUGUGGCUUGCGCCACCAGGACACGUACGACGACCGGACCUAGUUCUCAAGCCCUAUAUUGAGGAAGACUCGUGGGGAAUGCCAAGCGUGGAUUGGAUGAUGGAGUUGGCUUUAGCAGGCAAGUACCAACCGCAUGAGGACUCGCUCACAAUUGCGGAUGGGGCGUUGCAAGUAGGCAAGCACGAAAAAGUGAUAGGUGGGAUGUAUCUGCUGGCAAAUGCGCUGCUUCAGGAAGAGGCGCUGUCGGCCCGAAUACCCUUACAAGGGUAUUUGGGCACAUUUUUGCAGCAUACAAAAAGGACGCUCUUAACGAUAGAUAGGAGCGUGUCCCACCUUUGUUGAUUAGAGAAUGUGUGAGCGGGCACUUUGUGGGCGCGCGGUAGCCUGACCAAAUGGUUGACUAAUAUAGACUACGAGACGCCGGUAGCACAAGUA